UUGAAAAUACUCCUCAUUGUUUGAAAAUGCUCGCUUGUUGCUGUUUGUGGAACUCCAGGAUGCAAAAGCUUCCCUUUUGGAUGAUCUUUGUAUUUAUGCCAUGGAUUUUUGCUCUUUCUUCGGCCAUACCAUUAGCUCAACAAUUCUGGAUGCAAAAGCUUCCCUUUUGGAUGAUCUUUGUAUUUAUGCCAUGGAUUUUUGCUCUUUCUUCAGCCAUACCAUUAGCUCAACAAUUCUGGAUGCAAAAGCUUCCCUUUUGGAUGAUCUUUGUAUUUAUGCCAUGGAUUUUUGCUCUUUCUUCAGCCAUACCAUUAGCUCAACAAUUCUGAUCUGUUGCUUCCGGUGCAAAAAGAGGAAAUUGAAUCUCUCCUGCAAAAGAAGUUAUUGGCGUGCAUCUUUCAUCGUAAAAUCUUUUGCUUCUAGUGCAAAAAAGAGAAAAUUGAAACUCUCCAACAAAGGAAGCUAUUGGAGUGCAUCUUUCAUCGUAAACUUUGUGUGUUUCUUUGUGGAACGAAUUUGAAUACAAAGUUGAGAAGUGAUUCAUGCAUGUGCCUUUUGUCGUGCUUUUUAUGCAUCUCUAAGUGUUGAACCAGAUAGAGGGGGGAAAAGGGCUGAGUCUAAGGGUGCUAGACUACCUACUGGAGUCAGAUGGGGAA